UGCUCUCCCGCCCCUCCAGACCUGCCUGCCAGGACCCCUCUGCGACAGUGGCUCCGGCCCACUGUGGACCAAAGCCAGGCGCCAGUGUCCUGCUAAUGGCAGGACCCAAACCCCCGGCCCUCGAGAGCCCCUCCGGGGCCGGUCUUCAGCACCCCCAGGGGCAGGGCUCCGGAGGAGAGCUCAGUGGCACAUAACUGUUUUCAAAAAUUGAUGAAUUUGGCCUUCCGGACGCCGCCGCCCAGACCUACCUGCACUCAGCCAUGGGCCCAAGGGCCGCGUCUCUUUUGAGCUGUUUGCAGACAAAGUUCCAAAGACAGCAGAAAACUUUCGUGCCCUGAGCACUGGGGAGAAAGGAUUUGGUUAUAAAGAUUCCUGCUUUCACAGAAUUAUUCCAGGAUUUAUGUGCCAGGGUGGUGACUUCACACGCCAUAACGGCACAGGUGGCAAGUCCAUCUAUGGGGAGAAGUUUGAUGAUGAGAAUUUCAUCCUGAAGCAUACAGGUCCUGGCAUCCUGUCCAUGGCAAAUGCUGGACCCAACACAAUCGGUUCCCAAUUUUUCAUCUGCACUGCCAAGACAGAGUGGUUGGAUGGCAAGCACGUGGUCUUCGGCAAGGUGAAAGAUGGCACGAAGAUUGUGGAAGCCAUGGGGCACUUUGGGUCCAGGAAUGGCAAGACGAGCAAGAAGAUCACCAUUGCUGACCAUGGACAACUCUGAUGCAUUCGACUGCUUUUCUCUUAACCAGACCGUUCCUUCUGUAGUCAGGAGAGCACCCCUGCCCCAUCUGCUCGGAACACCCCAUAAUCUUUGUGCUCUUGCUGCAGUUCAUUGGUUUCUGUAUUUUCCUUGUCCCCUCCAAGUCUAGCUGGGUUGCAGAGUUAAGUUUAUGAUUAUGAAAUAAAAGUUAAACAACAAAAAAAAUCGAUGAAUUUGAUG